CUGCGAGACUGGGGCUGAGGCAUGUGUAGCAUAUCCCUGGGAGAACCAGGCACAAAGGAGUGAGUCACUCAGCCAAGACCCCCCAGCAAGGCUCUGUGGUAAGGAUUGUGCUCCAGCCUAAAGCACACAGGUGUGGUGCAUGCAUGUGCCAUGCCUAGACAGACUGAGCCCCGUCCCAGCGUAGCCAUGGGGCGAUGGGAAGAGCUAAAAUCAGCAGCUAACCUGCACGUUGCAUAAACUGAGCAAUGACAGUAACUUGUGCUUAGCCCUCUGGAGCCUGCCUGCCAACCUCCUGAGAAGCCGGGCAGCAUCAAUGCUUGGGAAAGCCAAGUGGGACUGUGGUGUAGUCUUUUGCUGCAGCUGUUUCUAUCCCUGGCUCCCAGACCACGAAGGGGUUAAGGCACUUGGAGCUGUUUUCCUUUGGCACCAAGCAGCCCCUCUUCUGAGCCAUCUGGAUUUAAUAAAGGCCAGCGAAUGAGGCAGCGUUCCGCCCCCAGGAACUGUCCAAACAUUCCAAAGCCGUGAGCUGGAGCCCAGCUCAGAGCCCACCCUGCUAGGCAGAGCAGAGCUGCCUUCCCAGGCCAGCCAUGGCCCCGAGACUCAGCUUCCUCCUUGCCCUGCUCCUGGCAGGGGCCAUCAGCGCUCAGCAGCAGCAGUUCAUGGAGUACAUGGAGAGGAGAUUUGGUGCCUUGGAGGAAAGGAUUUCCCAGUGGCAUGACCAGAGCAGCCGCUACUCCACUGAGCUGCGCGAGUUCAAGAGCAAGGUGAUCACAAUGCUGGAGAACAUGGAGAAGGAGCAGGACAGGCUGCGCACGGAGGUGGAGAACACGGCAGUGCGGGUGGACCGGCUGGAGCGCGAGGUGGACUAUCUAGAGACGCAGAACCCCGUUCCGUCCUGUGUGGAGGUGGAUGAGAAGCUGAUGGAGAACCAGGUCUCCACAGCCAAGAAGAGGAAGAACGAGAAGUAUGAUAAGCUGACAGAUUGCAGUGACACUAUCUCCCAGGUGAAAGCCAUGAAGAUCCUGAAGAAAUUUGGCAGCAGUGCUGGGCUGUGGACCAAGGACCCUGUGGGAAGCUCGGAGAAGAUCUAUGUCUUUGAUGGCUCCAGAAAUGACACCGUCUAUGUGUUCCCCAGGAUGAGAGAGUUUACGCUGUUUUCCGCCACGCGGAAGGCAGCCCGCAUCAAGCUGCCCUACCCCUGGGUAGGCACUGGGCACCUGGUAUAUGGGGGGCAUCUCUACUACAUUCGGCAGCAGGGCACCUUCCAGGUCAUCAAGUUCAGCUUGGCCAAUAAGACCAUCGUGGAUAGCUCCGUGUUCCCAGCUGAAGAGCAGGUACCUGUCUUUGGCCUCUCUGCCUUCAACUACAUCGACAUAGCAGCUGAUGAGGAAGGGCUAUGGGCCAUCUACGCCACCAGGGAGAACGAGAAGAACAUCUGCCUGGCCAAGUUGGACCCCAUCUCCCUGGACAUAGAGCAGAUGUGGGACACGCCAUGCCCACGGGAGAACGCUGAGAGUGCCUUUGUCAUCUGCGGGGCACUCUAUGUGGUGUACAACACGAGGCUGCCCAGCCGCUCCCGCGUGCAGUGUGUCUUUGAUGUCAGUGGCGCCAUGACGCCCGAGGAUGCUGCCUUGGUGUACUUCCCCAAGCGCUAUGGGUCUCAUUCCAGCAUGAAGUACAACCCCAAGGAGCGGCAGAUCUAUGCCUGGGACGAUGGCUACCAGAUCAUCUACAGGAUGGAGAUGAAGAAGAAACUGGAGAUCUGAGAGGGGCCGACCCGGCCCUGCACCUUGCUCUGCCACCCUGCCUCACGCUGAGCGGUGCCUGGCCUGUGCAGUCCGCAAGUGCCCAGCCUGCCUCAGGGUGGCAGAGUCAGUUCCUCAGAGCUAACGCAAGGGCCACACACCCACCACUGCUCCCGUCUCUCCAUGACUGUGAACGGUGCUGCAGCUCCCCGGCCAGCCCGGCCGCUUGACUGAGACUCUCCAGCUCACUGCAGCAGGGCCCCAUGGCACCAGCCAUGGGAUCCCCUGCUCACUUGGGCAGUAAGGGGGCAGCCACAGGCAGACAGCAUGAACCCCAGGGACGCAGGGAGCCGUUACUUCGUUGGGCAUCAACUCACAGCAUCAGAAAGUUUGGGGUUAUUUAACAGGGUUUAAAAUAAAAAGCUUCAAGGAGCUGUCACCAGCAGGUGGGCUUGGCUGGAGCCCUCAGAGAGGGAGCUGUGCGCAGGGCCUCCCUGGGCGAAGGCAGCUCACACUUGGCCUGCAAUGGUGCACUCCUAUGCUGUUCCACAGAAGGGCCUUUCUCUCUGUUGGGGGUGGGUUCAGCAGUCUGAACAUCAUGCUGAAGUUUUUCUGGCACUCUCACAGCUAUCAGUGAGGCGUGACCUAGAGCAGUACCCACCAUGCCAUGCCCCACACUGAGUGUGAACAGCCACCUCCUGUUUGAUUUUAGAUAAAUUCAUCCAGCUACAGGCUGCAGACCUAAUUCCACCUUGGUGUGCCUAGAGACUUUGCACUGAACAUGCGGUGGCUCAGUUCCUGCUAAGAUACUGUUGUGCCCCCUCGAAACACAAGGCAACCUGCUUUCUUCCCCCGUUUGUAUGGACUAGCUUGUCUCCCACAAACACUGUCGCUGCACUUUGACUGCAUUAGUAAUCCACCCACACAUUCCCCACCUCCGAGAAGGGUUUUGGAGUGGGACUGCAGCGCGGGGAAUGCUGUUAGAGCCAGAGCACAAACCCCAGCUCCUCAGGAUGCAGGCAGCCAAAGGAAAUCUUGUGUAAUAAAGGAUUUUCCACUC